UCAUAGUCGCCUUUGAUGUGCCCACAUGCAGACUAUAGGCUACAAGGCUACAAGCCUAUAUAUAAUAUAGUUAAUACUGUCAAUUCUCAACAGCUUUAUCAGUCGGUAGCACUCACGAUCAGGUCAAGAACAAGAUGAAGGUUGCUAUUACUGUUUUCACUCUAGUGCUCUGUGUGGCUUUAGCUGUUGGAAAGCCAGCAGGGCCACAAGACAUUCCAAAGUGUCUUGAAGGAGCAUGGCCUGACUUUGAAACCCAAGAUAAAGCUUGUUUCAAAACGAUAACGGAAUACAUUGUAACUGAAGAGGGAGAUGCUAGCUACUUCAGUUCUCUGUGUGCCAGUGCUUGUAUAACAGAAGCCAACGACUACCUCAAAGGAAAAUGUGGAGUGUCCCUUGGGGAACAGUUUUGUGCUAAAGACCCGGAAGACCAGCAAUACUGCUUCUCAUCGAUAAAAAAAAUCGUUACUUUCGGGCAAUUAUGGAAUGCUUUCUAUAAAUCUUGUUACGGGAAGAAGGACUGCAAUGAUCCCACGUGCAAUGCUGCCAUCGAAAAAAUAAGUUGCUGUGCCAAGCAAGAGGAAGUCUUCUAUGCAGAAGUCCGAGGUUCCACCCCUAUCCCAGUACCUGGUAACUGUACACUUCCAGUAGAGUGUACCAAAACAGAACGCCUGGACAUGACAAAGAUUCUCCUACAAAACUAGUAUAGCUACUCCAUUACUGACUGUAUAGAACUCAGGACAUGACUGUACAUUUAGUUAUUACAUGUGCAUGUCACAAGCAUGCAGUUUAUUGGUACUGCAUCACUUAGAAAAGCUGUAGGCCAGCAAAUACUGAUAAUAGUACAUCAAGUAGUCUAACUUGUAUUACGCAACAUUAAUAUUAUUACGAGACUAUA